AUGAACGUGACCCAGGUUUCGGCUGCGCUUGCCGCCACCUCGACGUUGACGGCGACCAUUCGCUGUGUAGGGACAGGCUCCCCAGAGAAAGGAGAUGCUGCUGAUAUCGAGGCGCCUGAGCAAAUUGAAAUGGCAGGUAGUGAUGUCUGCAGCCUGCCUGCAAGUGCCAGGAAGAAACGUCGUUCCGCGGCCAAGGUGAACGUCAAGAUCGGCAAGCGAGCAAUACCAAGUGACAAGGACGUGUCCAUGCAAAGACGCCAAUGCCAGUUGCAGUCAUCUCUGACUACCAAUGCAAGGCCAUCUAUGGUUGACGGAUGGCUGAUCUCAUGCCUGUCCGUCGGAGACUCCGGAGAUAAGCACAGCGUAGCAAAAAUAGCCAGGGCAUUGAUUGACAGCGCCAACGAAUGUCUUCCAAGGCUUGUAGCAGAGGAUACACGCUUCAUCAUCAUGGUGGAUGGCGGAAGAAACCAAGCAACGUUGAUCACGUCAACGAUUGCGACAAGAGGUCAUGACGAUCGAAGCAAGCUGCUCAAACAAUUCGAAAGCCGAUCAUUCGUGAGAUGUCUCCGGGCUCGCCUGACAGGCUUAGGAAUGAGAAACGCAAGCUACCAGAGCAAUGGAGUAGCCGCCAAACAUUGGCGAAUAAAAUUAUCGAAUGCGUCUGAAAGCGGGCUGGUAUACGACCGACAAUUCCCAAGGCAACUCCAUUGGACGUCACCUCUCGCGGAGUAUCGGUUGAUACUCGUUCGCAAAUUUGGCUUGAUGUGCUGGUCGUCGUCAAAGGACUUCGAUACUAAAGGUAGUGAAAGCGACGCCAAAUUCGAAAUGUGCUGUCUUGCACUUGAAUGCUUAGAUCCUGAAGCAUUUCAUGUCCUGAAUUGUUUGGCGUACUUUGAAACUACCGAUAUGCCAGCGGAGCUCUUUGUUGAGGCAGCUUUGAAUGGCGCACCAAAUUCAGUAACGGUCGGCCGACGGCUUGGACAAUCAAGUCUACUCCAUGCACAUCGAAACCCUCUGAGCAUCUCGUCAAUAUCGCAAACCCUUAGGCAUCUUUCUGAUCUCUCCCUCAUACACUGGUACGCAGGAACGAAAUCCUACAGAAUCGAUGCCGUUGUCUGUAAAUUGAUCAGGAGAAGACAGAACACCUGGCAACAAAAAAGUUAUGCAGAGCUAGCUUUGCAACUCCUCUACUUUGCGGUGUCAAACACCUCGAAAUGCCUGGCUUACCGCCUGCAAAUAGCUCCGCAUGCCAUCUCGGUCUUCGAUUCGCACAAAGUUCUCUAUAUUAUGGCCCCAAUGAACAAUACAAAUAUCUACAACUCCUUGCGCGGCAUUGGAGACUUCUUGCUUUCCAAUGGCUAUAUAAAAAAUGCUUGCCCACUUUACUGGUUUCUCGUCAGGCCGUACGAAGAGUCUAAAGAUGACGAGCAAGACUCCGACAAGGCAUACAUCGACUGUAUGUAUAAAUACGCAUUCUCGCUUCAUCGGUAUCGGAAUUUCAGAUGCGCAUACGAGUGGGAACAUAGAGUUCUGAAAGCCCAGCGUGCGGUAUUUGGACGCGAGUCGCAAGAAGUAAUGACCACAAAAGAGUUGAUGGGAAAGACGUUCAGGGAAGCUGGGUUCUCGGAUAAUGCGAUUGGCAUGCAUCGAAGCCUUGCCGAACGCUACAAAGCCCGUUUAGGUUAUACACAUGACAAAACCAUCUCUGCAUAUCAAGAACAUGCCUGCAGCCUAAAUUAUGGCGGGCAGAAGCAAAGAGCAGCUUUCAUACGGGCGGACCUCUUGAAUUGGACAACAGAGGAAUAUGGAAAGGAUGAUCUUCGAACACUCCUGGCGAUGCACGAGUAUUCAGACAGUCUUUUUGACCUGCAUCGUGUUGAUGAGGCCAUAUCCAUGGCGAAAGAGACCCAUCAGGCGCGAUGUGAUAUUUUGGGCGAAGAUCAUCCGGAUACUCUAGAAACAUUGGACGAUCUAGUCACGUACCUUUCCGAUAGAGAAAACGGCAUCAAAGAGACUGAGGCUCUCUUUCCCAAAGUCAUCGAAUAUAGGAAGGAGUAUUACGGCAACGUUCAUCCCAGCACCUUAGGCGCUAUGAAUGACUAUGCGAUGGCCAUGUGCCGCAAGGAUAAGCUACUAGAGGCUGUCCCCAUACAGCAAGAGGCUGUGAGCGGGUGCGAGGAAGUUCUUGGCAGACUCCACCCAAAGACGCUGGCUUUCAAGACGAAUCUUGUUGGUCUUUUAGAAGAUCUCGAAAUGGAGGAUCCCCUGGUAGAGCUCCUGAAAUCCUUGGCAGCUGAUAUGCAGGAGAAGUGGGGUCACGAGCAUGAGUCUACGCUUAGGACGUCAAGUAAAUACGUGUCUAUCCUCCUGGACAAUGGCAGAAGCGAAAAGGAGCAAAGUGAAGAAGCCCUCCAAAUCACAACUAAAUUCUACGAUGUUGUGAGAAGAGCGCAAGGCGUUUCCUUCGCUUUCCGCAUGUCGAAGAUUUACCAGCAUUCCGUGGCCCUUACGCAAAGAGAUCAAUUGGUGAAAGCCGAGGCGGUCUUGGAAGACGCCUUGGAGGGUUUCAAUAUUGAGACUGCUGAUUUGGCAUCCCAUGUCCUGCCAUCUUAUGAGCAACUUGUGACCGUCUUAACGGAACAGGAAAAGUUGGAUGAAGCAGAAGAUCUCUGUAGAAAACUGAUGAAACGAUCGAAAGAAGUGUACGGGAAAGGAAGUCACGAGACUUUGCCUGGUAACAACCUCCUCGCUUACAUUUUGAGAAAGAGAGGUCAACUUGACAGCGCUAUUGACCUUCAUCGUAAGGCGGUGGAAGACAUUGAGGAGAACCUAGGGCCAGCAGAUGAAAGCACCAUGCAAGCUAAGGAAUUCUUAGCAUCGGGUCUCGCGCGACAAGAAGACCACGGUGGAGCAGAGAAAGUACGCCGCGAAAUGGUCAAAAAUAUGUCAGAGGUCAAAGGGGCAUUCCAUCCAAGCACAAUCCAGCAGUUGAGGUGUCUCAGCUACACACUAGCAGCGCAGGAGAAAUGGGAAGAGGCGACUAGUAUCCGAGAGGUCGUUUUUGAGCGUUGUCAGAAACCAUAUGGGGACGACCAUAAAGUGACUUUGUAUGCUAUGCUCAAGCUAUUCGAAGCAGGAUCUCAGACCAAAGCGCGCGACAAAUACCUUUGGAUGGGAUACAGCUCCAUGCGUGGUCUCGAAAAAUUCUGGGGCCCUAAGCACGAAUAUGCCCUGACAAUCAAGAAUAACUUUGCCUUCCGACUGCAAGGAAAGUACGACAAAGCAAACAUAGCAGUCAAGCUCUUCCGCGAAGUCCUCCGAGAACGAGAAGAAGCCCUUCCCGAAGACCAUGACGAUCUCCUCCUGUCAAUCCACAAUCUCGCAACUGCGCUACCCUGGGACGAGCCUUGCGAAGAAGCCGAGCUCCUCCUAAAGAAAGUGGUCGAAACCCGCAUCAAAGCCCUCCCAGACAAGUUCGAACAAUUCUCAGACGACAUGCACACGCUCAGUAAUUACUACGCCUUCGCGCGAACCGAAGACUACGCGGCCUACCUGUCCUCCCUGAUCGACAGUUCUCCCCCAAAGAUCGAAGGUACCAGCGAAGCGGGUCUCUGGGUCCUCAGUCAACUAACCUGGUCGCUCCGCACCACGCCACAGACCGAAAAGCUUGCGAUCAUGGAGGGCCGUCUGAUCCAGAAACACAAGGACGUCCACGGCCCCUCGCACGAUAGGACAAUCUCUGUAAUGACAAUGAUAGCCAUCCACCUCGACUCCAAGCAAAACAAACUCCCCGAAGCGGAAGCCCUUUUCCGCGAAAUCAUCACCCACGCCACAGCAGGCAAGCUGCCAUUCUACCAGCUUUGCAACGUGCGCGAAAAUCUCCUCAUCGUGCUGAAACGGCAGGAGAAGUUCCAGGAAUACGAAGACGGGUAUCGCGUAUUGCUGUGGGAUAUAGCGCGUGCGAAGGGCUGGGGCGGGAGGAUGGUGUUUGGUUAUAUGCGGCGGCUGGUCGAUCAUUACACUGAGAAGGGACGGAAAAGAGAGGCGGUGGGGCUUUUAGAGGAAAGCCAAAAGGAGGCGCGAAGGAAGGAAAAAGGGGGAAGGGGGAAGGAAAUUAGGGCUAAAGGAUUGUUUCACGGGUGGAUCGCGAAUCUGAAGAAGGAGGAUGGAGAGGGGGAGGGAGAAAGGGGGGUCGAUCACUGGCGGCCAACUUAUGUGAAAGUGCACAGGAAGCAUAUGAGCGUUACGACGUUGAAGACGUUUAGAUUGCCGUGGUAUUGGGCGCCGGACGAUCGCAAUUUCAUCAUCAUCAAGAAAACCCUUUCCCAGAAAGAGCAGGACAGAUUAUUCCAUCACAGCGCACAACUACGCAAGAAGCGAUUGCUCGAGGAUGAGAAAGCCGAUUACAGGAACGGCAAACAUGGACGUAGGAGAAUUCAUGAACGGAUCUUGGACAUCCAUCGGGUCAAGAGCGGAACGAGCAGCAAGAAGAAGAAAGCAGGGAGAGAGGUGAAGAAAGCGAGAGAGGUGAAAAAAGCGAGGAGAGAGUCGAGGAAGCUUGAAAGGAGAAACGAGGGGGAGAGGCGGAAUGUGAAGGGUUUUGAUGUUGGUGAUGUCGGUGGAAUUGGUGUCUUUGGUGGUGGGAUUAAUAGGGAGGCGGACAGAUCGAUGAAGCAGUUGCUCUGGGGGGGACCGCAUGCUGUGAGAACUAUGGAUGAGAGGGAGGUGCUAAGGGUGUUGGAUAAUGAGAGGGUGAUUGCGUGGUAUUUGAGUAGGCACGUGAUUGAAAUGGGGGUGGGAAAUGAGUUCAACGGAAGGAGCGAUGCUUGUAAUACAAGGAAUGAUGUCUAUGUGGGUCUGGAGGAGUGUGAGUGUCCGUGA